GUGGCGAAUACUUACUCUGCUGGGAAACAGAAGAGUACUUCUUGAGUAAAAAGUAUGCCUCCCAAGUUCAAGCGCCACCUAAAUGAUGAUGAUGUCACUGGUUCUGUGAAAAGUGAAAGGAGAAAUCUUCUGGAAGAUGAUUCAGAUGAAGAAGAAGACUUUUUUCUAAGGGGACCAUCUGGACCAAGAUUUGGACCUAGAAGUGAUAAAAUUAAGCAUGUUCAGAAUCAGGUGGAUGAAGUUAUUGAUGUCAUGCAAGAAAAUAUUACAAAGGUAAUUGAAAGAGGGGAGAGACUAGAUGAACUACAGGACAAAUCAGAAAGCUUAUCGGAUAAUGCAACUGCUUUUAGCAACAGAUCCAAACAACUUCGAAGGCAAAUGUGGUGGCGUGGAUGCAAAAUAAAAGCCAUCAUGGCUUUGGUUGCUGUUAUCCUUUUGCUAGUGAUUAUCAUUCUUACAGUCUUGAAAUACCGCGCUUGAUUUGGUGACAGAGAUCUUCAUUACACAGAAUCUGGGACAACAAUAAUAAAAGAUUGCUGCAUAAUUUAAAUGAAACCUAUGUAUAUAACUUUCAAAACUUCUUUUUCAAGAAACGAAGAGGCAAGUAUCACUUCAAAUUGGAGCAUUGUGAAUGUCUAGUUAUCUUCUUCCUUUCUCACAAAGUGUGUUUUUAAAAAUUAUGUUUAAGGCAGAUAACCAGCCUCUGUUUUGCCAUAUUCCAAGGAUCUAAUUUGAAACUAGAUACUUGCCAGUUCAUUAUUUGUAUAUGUAGUUAAACAGUGACCACAAUAUUUCAUACUAUUAUUAUAAGGACUUACAUUAUUGCAUCAACAUGGGGAUCAGACUGGGAGUCCAGAAGCCUGUGUAGAGUACCAAAACAUGCUAAAAACCAUGCAUAGCCAUUCCAUUAAUAUUUGCAAGAUUCUUCUCACAUUACAGCUACUUUGCAAGCAAUUUCCACAUGUUUAUGGGUGUAACAAAAGCUAAAUGUUGUAAAUGUUCCUGCCUUCAGCUAUAACUAAAACAUUCCAGUAAACCUAUUUUUGACUGUAUAAGGGAAUGUGUAGUAAUUUUUUGGCAUAUGGAUUAUGGAAAUGGAAAAAUCUAAACAAUAUGAAAAGCAUAGUGUGGUACCAUAAAACUGGAGAUAAUAAAAUUAUUGGAGAACAUUACUGGAGUGUUUGAAAAUAAACAGCAUGGUCCAGUCUAUUUCCAGUUAGCUUCCAAUAAGAAGGGACCUAAUGUGAGUAAAUGAAAUCCACAGGUAACUUAUCCUCUAAUUUUAUUUUGAUACCUUCCCUCUUUAGCUUCAACUAUCCCUCUCCCAGAAGUGCUAAAAGUAGCAAAAUCAUCUGUUUGGAAUUUGCUAUUUUUGUAUUCCCUGAUCAUCCCUGAGAGGUGCAUGUUGUACAAUCAGGUGUCAAAUUAGCCAACAGUAAUGAGUAUAAAAAGUCAGGAGAUAAUCAUCCAUCAGUCAGUAACCAAAUAGCUAGAGUGGCCAUUAACCUAAGUCUAUUUUUACAGCAAUAAAAUAUAUUGUUAACUUUAAAA